AUGCGAUAUUCGGGUGUUCUUGUGCUACUGCUCGCCCUCUUGGCAUCAUCUGUGGCGCGAAAUGUACCACUGACUGAGCAGAAUCAGGGCUACAUUGUGGGCGGCAGCAAUGCGGCCAGAGGUCAAUUUCCCUACCAAGUGUCCCUGCGGAAUCUGGUCAGCAUCCACUUCUGCGGCGGAGCCAUUAUCGGCACCCGAUGGAUCCUCACUGCCGCCUAUUGCCUGUCUGGACGCGCAGUGACCAGUGUCAAUGCAUUCAUUGGCUCUCAUCUGCUCUCAGAUUCGCUGCUGUGUCCCUUGAGCACCUUCAUUGUCCACCCACUCUUCAAUGAGAACAACAUGCUGAACGACAUUGGCCUGAUAAAAACCCGUGAGGCCAUCAUUUACUCUUCCCUCAUUCAGCCCAUCGCCUUGGGCUCAGGACACAUUGGAGGAUCUGUGAUUGGAAUCGCUUCGGGCUGGGGCAUGACUUCUGAGCACGGACCACUGCCUGAAAAUCUGCAGUGGGUCAAUCUGGGGACACUGACGAAUGAGGAUUGCAAGAUUCGACUGCCACCAGCCAACGCUGUUCUCGUGGAUGACAGCAUGUUGUGCACGUUUACGCGCACUGACGAAGGGAUUUGCUAUGGAGACGCUGGAGGACCUCUGAAUUCGGCAAAUGCAGUCGUUGGGAUUGUUUCUUGGGGUGUGCAAUGUGCAAUUUCCUAUCCAGAUGUCUUCACCAGGAUUUCCUCUCAUCGCGCAUGGAUCCUAGCCAACAUAUCAGACUAA